UACAGAAGGUGGUGGGCCUGCAGGCGAUGGCCAAGGGAAUGCUGCUCCGACGCUCGCUAGUCCGAGGCCCUGCGCAGGCGUCACGCGGCCGCCGCGCGCAUCCAGGCCUGGUGGCGCCGCACGCAGUCGCGCCGCAUGGAUGCCACGGGCGACGCAUUCUUCAGCAAGUACGAGUCGAUGCUGGACGCGCCCAUCUACCGCGUCUACCAGUCCGAGGAGAGCGAGGUCACGUGGUCCGCCGACGAGACCGACAUGCUGAUCGAACACAGCGACGACUCCGGCGCUGAGAGCGAGAUGACGCUGCAUCCGUCACCGGAGCAACAGACGGAGGAGAGUCGCCUCAUGUUCGGCGACUUGAUGGGCGUCACUGGCCAGAGCUCGCCGCUCAAGUUCGCCGACCUCAUGGAAACAAUGAAAGAGCCGCAAGGUUUCGUGAAGAUCGCCGAGGGCACACAUUGCGACCUGUUUCGGGUGCACUCGAGAGAGGGCACGAGCGUGCUCAAGGUGGUCAACCUCGAGUUCAUCGUCAAGUACUGGGACACCCUGUACGCGGAGGCGGUCAUCAGCUUGGAACUGGCGAAGUUGCGAAAGUCGGGCGACUACCAUGCGGCAGGUUUCUCCGACACGAAACGGAUAUUCUGCGUCCUGGAUCGGUAUCCUCGAGAGUUGAUCCAGGCCUGGAAGGACUACACCUCCUGGAAGCGGACUGACCAUCUACAUGGACCCGACACCCUGGAUACUGCGCAACCAUACCUGAUCUUUCGUUUUGCCUACGCUGGCGUCCCUCUGACUCAGGCUAAGCUGGACAACGCGCUACAGCUUCGCAGCAUACUGCAGCAGGUGGCCCUGUCGCUGGCCGUCGCUGAAGGUGCGCUGCAGUUCGAACACCGCGACCUGGGGCUCAACCACGUGCUCGUGGACGAGACGAGCUUCCAGCUCUACCAGUUCUGCAUGGGCGGCAAGAGCGUCUUCAUCAACAGUUGGGGCGUGCGCGCGACCAUCAUCGACUUCGCCGCGGCGCGCGUCAGGAACGCAAACACCGGCCACGUCGUGUUCUCAAACCUUAACCACGCACACCCAUGCGAGUCCAGGCAUUCGAAUGUGUACUCCAUCUACAAGGAGAUUGGAACCAUCACAAAGGGCAACUGGGCCGGCUACUACCCGAGGACGAACGUGGCCUGCCUGGCGCACCUGACGAACCAGUUGUACCAGGCGUACCAGGGCAAGUUCGCGCGUCUCAGGCGACCGUAAGGAGGCCGAGGCCUGGAACGAGAUACACACGUGGCGACUCGCACUGCCCGAGUACCGAUCGGUGUCCGACUUCGUCGCUGCCAAGUUUUGAAAUUUGAGAAGCGAGACGAGCUCCUCUUUGUAUGUUAACGGUGUCUUCUUUUUUUUUACUGCUUUCCUCUUUCUCUCAAAUAAAUCUUCUUUCCUCAGGGGGCCCUACAAUUGUUUCUCUUCGUGCAGACGCUCGUGAAACUAUAUAUAGAGCUUGCAAAUAAAUCUAUAGUCCUAAUACUAUAGGUAGCCUGUUAAAGUAUUACAGUAAUUUGUAUAAGGCGGCCCGUUAAGUUCCUUUAUACUAGGCUUAAUUAAGGCAUUCCACUUGACGUAGCCCCCUUGCGAACCUAAUACGUAUUAAUACGUAUAUGAUCGGCAUCUUUCAGACAUUGCUGUAUUUCCACUGCAUCUUUGUUGUGCACAAGGAUCUCAAAGAAUCUAGUGGUUUUUGUUGACAGUUUUGGUGCUGUAAAAAUUGGCAGAUUUUGGCAUUCCUAGGAAAACUGUACAUUUACUUCUACCAGUCCCAUAUGAUGCAGUGCCUGCGCGCCAUUAAAGGACUUUUCAACAUGGUCAUUCGUUCGCGUUUAAUUAAGGCCCAUACGCUCUAAACCAUAGUACGGAAAAUUUAGUUAUGGGGUUUUACGUGCCAAAACCACGAUUUGAUUAUGAGGCACGCCGUAGUGGGGGACUCCGGAAAUUUGGACAACCUGGGGUUCUU